CAAUAAGAGAGGACUUCUCUAAGGUCAUCAUACUUGAUCAGUUGCUAAACACGUGCAGGGCUUCCUUAACACGUGGACGAAUAAUGGGACAACACGCAGUUUUAAGACGUUAGCGAAAGUACAAUGUGGUGCAGCUAUGUCAAAAAACAGAUGAUACAAGAUAAUGAGGUUAGGUUUCUGACAUUUGUGAAGUAACGUUGAUUUGUGGCAGUGGCAUACUAUUUGUAGAUAACAGUGUAUUUAUUUAAUGCUAUUAUCGUGAUUUAUUCGGAAAAAAUGGAAGUCAAAGCGAAGAGUGAACAUUUGUUGGCCUUGAAAGUAAUGAGAUUGACACGGCCCACUCUGGCAAGUCCUAUGGUUGUUACAUGUGAUUCCACAGAUUUGCCAGGCAAUACGUUAAACAAUGAACUUAAAACCGAUUGCACUGCAUUGCAAGGCAUGGAGGCACUUGCAAUAGGUCAAUUUAUGGUAUUGCCUCAAAGCUUUGGAAAUAUAUAUUUAGGAGAAAUAUUCUCCAGUUACCUAUGUGUUCAUAAUGGCAGUAAUCAAGUAGUAAAAAAUGUUACUGUGAAAGCAGAUUUACAAACAAGUACUCAAGUAAUUCCACUCUCUAGUAAUAAACUAAAUGGGAAAGAAUUAGCACCUGACAGUACAGUGGAUGAAGUUAUUCACCAUGAGGUUAAGGAAAUAGGUACCCAUAUAUUAGUUUGUGAAGUGUCUUAUACAAAUUAUAUAGGACCCCCUCUGUCAUUUAGAAAGUACUUCAAGUUUCAGGUGGUUAAACCACUGGAUGUAAAGACAAAAUUUUAUAAUGCAGAGUCAGAUGAAGUAUAUCUCGAAGCACAAAUACAGAAUCUAACAGCUGGACCAAUUUGUUUAGAAAAGGUAGCCCUUGAAUCAUCCCAUUUAUUUAGUGUGACUACAUUAAAUACAAACAAUGAGGGAAACUCUAUCUAUGGAAAUAUAAAUUUAUUAGAUACAGGCUGUAGUAGACAGUAUUUGUACUGUUUAAAGCCACAGUCAAGUUUGUUAAAAGAUCCGAAAAUGAUGCAAAAUGCAACAAAUAUUGGCAAAUUGGAUAUUGUGUGGAGAAGCAAUUUAGGAGAGAGAGGAAGGUUACAAACGAGUCAGUUGCAGAGAAUGGCACCUGAGUAUGGAGAUCUGAGGGUUAUUAUAAAGGAUAUUCCUUUGAAAGCUUAUCUUGAAGAACCAGUUAAUUGCACAUGCCAUAUAAUAAAUACAUCAGAAAGAAGUAUGGAAUUAUUAUUGAGCUUAGAAUCGAAUAAUACCAUAGCUUGGUGUGGGAUGUCCGACACUACAAUUGGCACUUUAAAACCUGGAGCUUCCAUGGAUAUAUCUCUUUGCUUUCUUACACUUGACACGGGCAUAAUCACCAUUUCCGGCUUAAAACUUAUAGACACAUUUUUAAAAAGAGUCUAUGACUAUGAUGAUUUAGCACAAAUUUUCGUUAAUCAAUUGGAUUGAAAAAAAUAUAUAUAAUAGCGAUGCUUUUAUCAAUUACAUGGUAUUUAUUACUUAUAAAAAUUACAGCAAGAUAUAUUCUUACAUAAAAAUGAAUGUAAUAUGAGAAUAUAUGUUAGAGUUACUUUAAAAUGAGAAUGCUCAUAAAUAUUCAUCCAAUGUUGA